AUGAGAGGAUAAAACCAACCAUACUAUUAAAUUUGCUCACCUUAAAGAGCACCUUAAAGAAUUUAAGUUACAACUUAGCAACCUAGUUAAAAUGAUAAGUUUAUAAACUUAAAAUGUGAAAAAGUUUUGAUGGGAUUUGAAAUACAAAGGCAAAAUUAAAUAAUAAAGGAGCUUGAAGAAAACAAAAAUUAGUUAGAGUAACAAAUGUAAAUUAAUUUUAUAAUAUAGAAAAACAUAUAAAGAUGAAUAAAAGAUCUUACUUUUAGAAAUCUCUAAUUUAAAUUAAGAAAUGAAUAAAGCAUAGGAGUAAGAGAAAAAACAUAGAGAGCAGCUGAAUUCCUAUAUCAAAAAUUAACCUUAAUUGGAUAAUUAGAUGAAAAUAGAUUUAUCUGGAGAAUAUGAAAAAUUAAAGGAAGAAAAUUAAUAUUUAGAGUCCAAAAUAUCUUAUUUAUUAAGCAUUAAUUAGUUAGAAAAUAAAUAAGAUAUUUCAUCCAUAAAAAAAUUAAAUCUCGAUCAAAGUGAAGCCUAAAAUCAUAUUCCUGCUAAUAUUCAAAAGCUUUUAGAAUAACUUUAAAAUAAUAUCUAAAAUUAUAAAUAAGGAAAUUCCAUCUAAACUAAAUACCUUAAUUCUAUAUCUAUUUUAAAGGAAUUAAUUAAAUCCUAAAUAUCAUACCUCACUAAACAAGAUAAUUUGAAUAAAGAAGUUGAUUAUUAAUAGCUAGAAAUAUAUUUGACAACUAUUAAUUAAGAUAUCGAUGAAUUGAAAGCUUAUGAAACCCCAAAAGCAGUAAGACGAAUUUUAAACAAUUAAAGUCCAUAACUAGGUAGAUCAUGUUCUUAAGGAUUAUCAUCUGAUGAAGUCUUUUCUAAGAUAAUUGGACAUAUUGAACAUUUGUAAUAAGCUGCAUCAAAUAUCCCGACUAUCUUAAAAUAAAUUUCAUUGCUUAAUUCUUUAGUUAGAUUAAAAAAUGAUGAUCUUAAACUAAUAAGCAAUAAUAAUAAAUUAAAAUAAUCACCUACAAGAUUUUCAAUCGCCCUCACACCCGUUAAAUACUUAAGCCCAAUUAGAAUUUCUCCUUUGAAAAUACAACCAUUUAUUAUGAAUAUGAGUGCUCCUUAGAAAGUUUCUAUCAUUUAAUCAAAUAUUCAUGAUUCACAUUAAACUAACUAAAGAUAAAAUGUUAUUGAUUCAUUCCCAAUUUAAUAAAGAGACGAAUUUUAGAAUGUUCUAAAUUCUUUUAGAGAUAAUUAAGACAAAAUAAAUUAACUGGAAUUUGAAAAAUUAUAAUUAUAGGAACAAGUUAAAUUGCUGAGAUAAAAAUAUGACUAGUUGAUUGAAAACUAAAUAUAGUAGCCUUAAGACUAAAACUUAAGGUAAUUGGAGAGCUUGGAUGCAGAAAAUUUAAUACUAAAAAGAUAAAAUAUAGAUUUAAAGUAAUAAGUUAAGGAAUUAAUAGAUGAGAGAAUAAAACUAUAAUAAUAAUAUGAUAUAAGUAAAAAUUAAUAUUAAGAAAUAUUAAAUCAAUUACAUCAGGAAAAAAAACCUGAAGAUUAUAAGAAACAAAUAGUAUUAUAAUAGGAGCAAAUACAUAAUUUGGAAAAUGAAAAAUUGAUGAAAAAUGACGAAUUUAUAACUUUAAUGGAAGAAAAUGACACUUUGAAAAAAAAUUAAAUCUAACUUUAAGAUUAAAUAAUAGAAUUAUUAAAACAAUUGAAUUAAUAGAACAUAUAAUAGUUUGAUGAAAGAGAGGUGGAGAGUAUAGAUGAAUAGCAAGAAGAUAGAUUAAAGUAAAUAAAUAUUUUGCAAACAGAAAAUAUAAUAUUAAAAGAUCAGCUUGCAGAGGUUGAAUAGUAAAGAUAAGAUGAUCUUAAAUCUUUCAAAUCAAUUAUAGGAAAUGGUGCAGAUUAAUAAUGUAUUGCAGAUUUAGUUACGUAAAAAUAAAAAUUAUAAUCUGAUUAAAGAUAAUAGUUAAUUUAGAUAAAUAAAUUAUAAUAAGAACUUAUAGAACAAUAAAAUGAAAAUAAUUAAAUUAAAUAAAAAGUAAAUGAAUUAAAGGAAUAAAAAUAGUUAAUAUAAAGGACUUAAGAUUAUAAUUGGUCGAAAUUCACUAGCCCGCUGAAUAAUUGGAUAGUUUUUAUUUAAUGGGAUUAUAAAGAACUCUCCAAAGUUUUUAACUAAAUCUUAUGCACUACUUCUCCAAACAUCAUUCAAAAUAAUGAAGGAUCCAUUUUUGAAAAUCCAAGUGUCUGA